UCUUGGCUCGGCCGCACGGCCUUUGAAAGGCGGCGGGAGGCGGCGGGUGGCGGCGAGGGCCAUGGCGAGCUGCGGCCGCCUGCUGUGCGUGCUGGGCCUGCUGUUCUGUGGAUGGGCGAGCCCAGGGCAGUCCAGUCCCUUCCGCGACCCUACCGAGAAGCCCAUCAUUGGAGUAUUAAUGCAAAAAUGCCGUACUAAAUCCAUGAAAAACCUUGGAAAAUAUUAUAUUGCUGCAUCCUACGUAAAGUAUCUGGAGUCUGCAGGUGCAAGAGUUAUGCCAGUUAGGUAUGCUUUAAUCCUUUUCCCUGGAGGAAGUGUUGACAUUCAGCGCUCAGAUUAUGCCCGUGUAGCUGAUAUAUUUUAUAAAUUGGCCAUACAGAGUUUUGAUAAGGGAGACUAUUUCCCUGUGUGGGGUACGUGCCUUGGAUUUGAAGAGCUUUCAUUUCUGGUUAGUAGAGAGUAUUUAUUAACUCUCACAAAUACCACUAAGAACAAGCUGCCACUGAACUUCACUGGAGGUUCAUUGCACAGCAGAAUGUUCCGGAAAUUUCCUACUGAAUUAUUGAUAUCAUUAUCAGUAGAACCUCUGACUGCAAAUUUCCACAAGUGGAGCCUCUCCAUGAAGAAUUUUACAAAGAAUGAAAAGUUAAAGAAGUUUUUCAAUGUAUUAACUACGAAUACAGAUGGCAAUACUGAGUUUAUAUCAACAGUGGAAGGAUAUAAGUAUCCAGUAUAUGGUGUCCAGUGGCAUCCAGAGAAAGCACCUUAUGAGUGGAAGGAAUUAAAAGGCAUUUCCCAUGCACCUAAUUCUGUGAAAACUGCAUUUUAUUUAGCAGACUUCUUUGUUAGUGAAGCUCGGAAAAACAAUCAUCAUUUUGUAUCUAAAUCUGAAGAGGAGAAAGUACUGAUUUAUCAGUUCCAGCCAGUUUAUACUGGAAAUAUUUCUUCAUUUCAGCAAUGUUAUAUAUUUAAUUGAAAGUCUUGGAUUUAUUAAUAGAAAACUUUGAAUAAUUCCAUGAUUAAAGCCACGGGGAUUUGUUUUUCUGUGAUGCCACUGACUGGCUUCAAGUCUUUGUUCAGUAUGUGACUGUUUAUAUCACAUUUGAUAACUGGUGAGACAGGUAAAUAAUGUAGCAUUUUUCAUGGAAAAACCUGGUAUCUGAACAGUGGAAAAAUAAAUUUAUUGAAAAUACAAAUAUUUUUCUAACAUUGAUUUUAGAAAUAAAUAUUGCCCUUUCCCUACCAGUCCCAGCCUCCUUGCUGAAGACUUUUUAAAUCCUCCCUCGAGUUCACCAUACUGUCUUUUUCCUUUGGGUCUCAGGAGUCUUACGUCUCUGUGUAUAUGGGGAUGUGGGGUGUGUAUCUCCUGUUCUGCUCCAUAGUAAAGUAUACACAUCCCGAAAGCAGAAUCUGUGUCUUGAAUUGUUUGCCUUUCACAAUGUCUAGCACAGCAGGCCUCCAUAAAUACUUGUAACUACUUACAAAUAAACUUUUUCCUAUGGAAAAUAAAAA